AUGUCUUCAGCUCCGACCUUGAGGGAGCUUACGAAAGCCAUACAUAGCUUCAUACCGACAGCGAAAUAUCCGCUACCCGACGAUCUUGUCGAGAUUAUCGAAGCCUUCCUGAACAAGCAUGAGAAGUUCGACGAGAGUAUAUCCGAUAAGGUCAACGAUGAACUACUCUCCUUAUUCCAUAGAGAUGUCGCCCAGGUACCUUCUCGAUAUACAGCAUUUGUUGCCCUCCUUCGCCGUUUACGCCCUAUAAUCGGACAGCCGAGCAAGACAUUCCAAUGGUUUGACUUAUUACUUCUAGUACUGAACCAUCUAAACCAGGAGAGAGGUCUUGCUUCUGAAGUAGAGGGUGUGUUACUAGAAAUCCUUACUGCCGACGAUGGUAAUGACACUAGUACCCCCACGGGGGGUGCUGCUCCUCGACUUGCAGAGCGCAUCUUACUGCUAUGGCUCGAUGAGUACGAAGCUAUCGGGAAAAGCCCCGAUGUAAUGACAGAGUUCAAAGAGAAGCAGUUGCGAAAGACUUUGCUACACUAUGGGAAAAGACGCCCAAAAGAUCUCUUGACUGUUCUCGACCUCUAUGUGGCCAAAAAGACGUAUCGUGCCCGCGCUCUUUCAUUCCUAGGUAUUUUCGUGCAAAGCCAACCGCCGCAUCUACAUCUUAUCCUACAAACGCCUCUAUUUAACAACUUAAUCAACUGCCUUCAGUUAGAUACGUCUACAACUAUUGUUUCCUUAGCCUUAACUGCAUUAACCAUGAUCCUUCCCCAUAUGCCAAGUUCUCUCGUCCCUCACCUACCCACGCUAUUUAACAUAUAUGCGAGGUUGCUCUUUUGGGAACGAGAGUUGUCUGCUCAAAUGGCCGUCGAUACGGACCUGGACCGAAGGUUGUCUCCCAAUGCGCUUGCUUGGGAAAAGCUCGCAUACUCAACUAACUUCGACGACACGGCUAUCCCGCAAAUCCUUCAUUACUUCACGGUGCUAUAUGGACUCUACCCUAUCAAUUUCAUGGACUAUAUUCGAAAACCACAAAGAUACCUUCGACACGCCGAGGUCCCUGAUGCUGACGAUGUUGAGGUCCAGCCUACCGAAAUACGUCACGCGUCUGAGAGAUUUCGACAGUGUCAUCUCCUCCACGAGAACUUCUAUACUCUCACUAUUGAUUCAGAGAAAAUGGACUUCGGAAGAUGGAUCAAAAGUGAGCCAGCCGAAGUCGUAGCUGACUGUGUGGCCCUCUACCGGCCAAGUGAAGCAUUCCCUGCCCAGGGCAUCCCGAAUAUAAUUCAUGGCAUACAUGAAAGAGAUGAGCCUGAAAAGAGUAGCCAUGAGUCUGCAUUACUUAGUAGUUCCUAUCCUUUUGGCAACCCCAUAUUUAGUCCCCUCCAAGGAGACAACCGGCGGAAUACCGGGUCAACUUUUACUGAGUCUAUCACGAGUGGUCGUGUACAAUCUGCCGUACUACGUCAGUCAUCUAUAAGCAGUCACCAUUCCAAUCGCGAUAGCUCAAGUCCCAGACCGUCCGGAAUUGGUAACGAGAGUCCAACUUUGUCUCGCCAAAUUGUCCCGUCCGCAUCUCAAACUCAGCUUCAAGACUUGCUGAAUUCCAACAAAGCCAUCAAAUCUGGGCUGCAUCAAUCAAUGCCGAAUGAUAGCGUUCCAUCUCUUUCCUUGAGCUACCACGAGUCCAUUUCAGACAUUCCGGGAUCGCAACUUCAGUCGAACCCACAACAGGCCAAUGCAUCCUUAUCAUCAACCGAGAGCAACAGCGCCCAGAUUGCACAUUUACAACGCCAGAUAUUACUUCUGUACAAUGACUUGACAUUUGAACGAUUUAUGAAGCAGCAGCACCUUACCCAUAUGGGUGAGCUACGAAGGCGACACGUACGGGAAGCAGCAAGCGAGGCAGACACCCAGAACUUGAUCAUACAGAAUCGUCAGCUUAAGCAACAAGUCAAGAACGCAAAAGAAUCGGAAACGCAGGCGAAGAGAGAGUCCGAGAAGAGUCGUACACUCUCGAAGAAGUGGGAAGCUGAUCUCACCGCCAAGCUAAGAGCACUUCGUGAAGAGCAGAAAAAAUGGAAUGCGGAAGGGGAUAUUUUACGAUCCGAAUUAGACACGGCGAAACGGGACGCAGAAAAAUUACGAUUAUUAGUUUGUGAAGCCGAAGUUAGAGAACUAGGCCUGAAGCAAAAUAUGCAGUCUGUCGAGAUCAACGUCAGUGAGCUAGAGAGAUUGAGGAAAGAUGUGGAUCGGUUGACAGAAUCUGAACGAAAUUAUCAGGCCAAAGAGACAGAGCGUCAACUUGCAGCAACGCGCGCGGCGGAGGCAGACAGCCGAGCUGAGGUACUAGAUAUGAAACUCAAAGCCUGUGGUUCUGAUAUCCAGCAAACACAUGACACAUACCGUUUACAGAUUGCCGCUCUCAAUGCCAAGCUACAAGAUCUACUUCAAGAUGGUAGAGGGCGCAAUUCUGAUAACUUAAAGUUGCAGCUUGAGAGCGUCCUAACAGCAAGCCGGGCGCAGCAGACGGAAAUGAGGAGCCGCAUUACAGAGCUUACGAAGAAGAACACAGCUUUACAAGCAAACAUACUGGAAUUGCAGUCCACAAUAUCCAACCUCUCGAAGCCAGACCCUCAUCUUCCUACCGACCCCGAGUUCGACCUAUCUUCUGAUUCAGGUAGUCCAUUAACCCAUCGAAAGCGCCAGCAGCGCGGGUUUUCCGAGUCGGAGAUAUUUGAACCAACGUCGUACAAUGCCACCCCGCCGCUUGAGCCGUAUAAUACCGGCGUAGAAGGCCAGAUUCGACGGCCAUCCACGCCGCUGGUUGAUCCGCUCCCAACAGGAAAAGGCAGCCCUACCGCAGAGCGAUAUUUCGGACGAGGGGGUGUACAAAAUCUACGUAAGGACAAGAAGGAGAAGAAAGACGAGAAGGAGAGAAAGAAGUCAGUUGGCCUACGUGGUAUUAGAGGAUUCGUCUAG